GUACGAGACAGAAAUAAUAACAGCAGUCAGGUCUCUCCAGUAACAAGUCCCAGCAUCAAACCCUGUUCGAUAUGCCUUUGUCAGAUACUCUCUCGCUGUCCUUGCUCAAAAAUGGGGCCAGCAUGAUCGGGACUGGACUUUUGUACGGCUUCCUCAUCCCAAUCGCACCAUUUCCGCGGCUUGCCCUCACAGCACACACCCAAUUCGUCAUGGAAGGGAUGUUCGUUCUCUGCGCAGGUCUUGUCCUUCAGUCCAAGCCGGCGGGCCUUCCAAAGGACGUCGACACUCUAGCCCAAAGCCUUGGCAAGUGGCAGACCCGAUUGGUCUACUGGGGUGCUACAGCUUGUUGGAUCCCAUUGACUUUCGAAGCACUCAAUGCGUGGUGGGGAACACGACAGACACUCUCAAUAGCAGCCGAAGCUGCCCACAUCCUGACGGACGGGAGGGACUGGCAGGAGACGGUCAUGUUCCUCGCCCACAUCCCUCCAGCACUAUCAAUGGCCACGUUAUGGCCGGUCAUAGUCUGGAAGCUUUUCUCGCUCCCCGGUGCGCGCGUUUCGAACUCACAGCGAUCGACAGUUCGCGUAAAGAACAAGUGAUUCAGGGACCAUGAUGGUGGUAUAGCGAGAAGAUGAAGGAUGGAUACGUAGCAAUCGGACUUGGACCUGUGGAUCUGUUGAGCUCGAUCUCAUGAGUGUCGGCAAGUACGAGUAAUUGGCCCCAGUAGAUUGCUCUAGACUGGCAUAGCGGCAAGACACGUCAACUCAUGCUGCCGUGAUCGACCAAGGUACGGAUGAAGACUUGCCAAGAUGAGUAAAAUCAGAUGGCGCCUCACAUUGGAUCGGGCCAAGGGUAAUGCCGCCCUGUGCUCGCUCAAGCCGGGGUGAGCGAUCACUUGUAUCUCAGCC